AUGAAACUUGAAAAUCUUUCAUCCUCUUCGUAUGAGAUUCCACCUCAACCACAACACUCGAUUGUAGGAGGAGGAGGUGGUGGCGGCGAUAUGAAUGCGUCACCUCCUACUACAUCAACUACAAGCACAACGGCGGCUGCUGGGAGCAGUGCCGCGGUGACACCGUCACCCAGUGAUUUGAUACCCGAGUGUUUGUGGGUGCCGGGUACGAGAUGGCCCUAUAUAACCGACAUUGACAGCUCGAUCAUGUCACGUAUCCUCGGUCGGGCACAUAAAGACGAGCCCGCAUCACCUUUUGCCAGACGUGGAGGAAACUGUCGGUCGACCGCAUCGUCAACUAUGUCUAUCACCUGCCAGCCGACAAGAAAAUAA